ACGUAAAUCACAAUUAACAUGAGAAUUUUUAGAAUACAAUAGAAUAAAAUAUAAUUUAAAUAUCUUCAUUCGACAGCAGUGUCAACGAGCAUGCGUAAUUUUUAGACGACUUUUACAGUCUAGGCAACCUUUAGGCUUUCAGGCUUUCUCCUCGUCUGGAGUGGGACGAAUCAGUGUCCGCGGGUGUGUAUCUAUCGACGAGUUCCUCGGUGACAGAGCACGCCAGAGUAAUCACUUCGCCAAUCGAGCGUGUAUACCGGUCGGUUGAGUGCAACAACUGGCACAAUGAAGAUGGCGGACGGACCUACGAUCCUGCGAAGAAACAGACCCGGGACGAAAGCAGAGGACUUCAGCAGGUGGCCUGAUGAACCGUUUGAGGAAAUGGAUAGCACACUGGCUGUGCAACAAUAUAUUCAACAAAUGAUCAGAAGAGAUCCAUCUAAUAUUGAUUUAAUACUUAAUAUGCCAGAAGCUAAUGAUGAAGGAGUUUGGAAAUAUGAACAUCUCAGGCAGUUCUGUAUGGAGCUUAAUGGUUUAGCAGUAAGAUUACAAGAAGAAUGUCAUCCUGAAACAUGCACACAAAUGACAGCCACAGAACAAUGGAUAUUUUUAUGUGCUGCGCAUAAAACUCCCAAAGAAUGUCCUGCAAUUGAUUACACUCGACACACUUUGGAUGGAGCGGCGUGUCUACUUAACAGCAACAAGUAUUUUCCUAGCAGAAUCAGCAUCAAGGAAUCUUCUGUAGCAAAACUCGGCUCUGUUUGCCGUAGGGUUUAUAGAAUCUUUUCUCACGCAUACUUCCAUCAUAGAACGAUAUUUGAUGAAUUUGAAAAUGAAACAUUUCUUUGUCGCAGAUUUACCGCAUUUGUGACAAAAUAUAAUUUGAUGUCCAAGGAUAAUUUGAUAGUACCUAUCAUGGAAGGCGACGGUGCCACGGAAAGCGAAGCAUAGGAUCUAACAACCCGAAUGUAUUGCCCAAAGUCGAAUUGUCAGAUUUAGUAAAAAAAGCUACUAUUCAUGCAUCAUACUGAUACUUCAUGGCAAGUAUACAUAUAAUGAAGAUCUUUGAAGAGUGAGGUCAGUAAAUUCGCUCAUACUUAAGUAGCAUGAAUUUGUUACAAUCUUUUAUCCAUUUUCAAUAUGGUUAAACAGAAAUCGUCCUUGAUGAAUGUUUUAUGAAUAAGUGCAGCACUAUCAAUGUACACGAAAUAUUUUCCGUGCUUGGUAAAUGUAACUCUCAUAUUUAUUUGUAUUUUUAGUGUUUAAGAUCUGAGCGGUUUUUAAAACAAACAAUAUAUGAAUUUAUUUUAAAACUAUUAUAAAGUUUCUUAAAAAAAAACAUGCUAUAUAUAAUA